AGCCGUCGCAACAACUCGUGCGCUAAAGCUUCUCCAGCCUCUCCAGCGUUGAAAUCAUCCCGGUUGCGUUCAAUCAGAUUUAUCCCGGGGAAAACAUCACCCUCGCCAGGCCUCGAUCAAUCUCCGCCAGCACUUCUAUUCCCGUCGGUCUUCGAGCAAGAUAUACAAUUCGGGAACGUGCUAUAAUUAUCAUGACGGUUAUUUGUUGAGACCUGGGACAUGGCAUUCACAUAAUCAUCCAAUGUACAUCGAAUCUUCAGCUUCUCCUGGAUAUUGGGAACACUUGCUCAGCCACAAAACGCUGCUGGUGGGUGUUCAUAUUGGACUUGCGCUUUGGUGGAGCAUUACAAUUACAAGACUCGAUACAGUAUCUAAGACAGUGUCGCAACAUCAAUUGGCAUUCUUCAGUCUCUAUACGCUUUCGUAUUGGAUGGAGCACGACGAAAAAUGUAUCUAGGCUCUGCGUCGCCGUUGCCACGAGAUUCUUCUUUUCAGGGUCGAUCGAUUUUGACCCGCCUCGCUUCUACUUUCACUUCAAAGACCCGCACCUUGGUGGACUUCCAUAUUGCGACGGAAGAGCCGCAUCGUCAAUACAACCCCGGGGAUAUUGUCAAGGGAACUGUUGCCUUGACCGUCAUAAAACCCGUUCGAAUCACGCACCUAGUCGUAUGCCUCCACGGUUACGCCAAGGUAUUCAAGAAUGCAAUUACCCCAGGUCAUAGCACUGGCAAUGAUUACGGCUAUUUGGGGGCCGGGAGAAGCAAGAAAGGGGUAGAAUAUGUUAACAACGGAUUUGCAUCUCUUUUUGAAGACGAGAUUGUGCUCUGUGGAGAGGGUCGGUUGGAUGUGGGACUCUAUGAAUUUAAAUUUGAGUUGCAAUUUCCAAAAAGAAGUCUGCCAACUAGUUUGGAUUUUGAACGAGGAACGAUCACUUAUAAUAUUGUUGCCACAUUAACACGCCCUACUGCACUAGCCCCAACUAUUUCCUGCGAUCGCAAAGUGUACCUUGUCGAUUCCAUCGAUAUCGCGCCCAUUAAGCAGCCCAAGCCAAGGGUUAUUUCUCUGGAGCCAAUCUCCCGUCGAUCUAAGACACGAAGUAGCCUAAGAAAGGGUUCUUCCAGAGCUGCAAAGGGGAAGCAGAGGAGCACAUCCACUGCCGAUCUUGGACCCGGUCAAGAGAGCGGAACUUCGAGUUUAUCGCAGUCAGAUAGGACUUCGCAGACCGCGUCACCUAGUGAACUGGAUUCUGAAAGUACUGUCAGCAACAGUACUCGAAGCUCCGUCCCUGGUCUCCCACCGUCGUCGGGGAAGACUACUAAAAGUAACGGCGGCUCAUCUGUCUUGGAAAAGACGAUUACUGCAACUAUGGAGCUUCUACAGGGAGGAUGUCUUCGGGGGGAUUUGCUGCCGGUCAGGAUCACAAUAAAUCAUACUAAACCUGUCAAAAGCCUUCAUGGGGUCAUAAUUACUCUAUAUCGUCAGGGCCGCAUUGAUCCUCAGCCUGACACGCCCCUGGUGUUUUCAGGUAAAGAGGCUGACAAGGUCAAACACGAUGAAUAUUUUCCAAAAUCCAAAACAGGACUGGGUGGACUCUCGUUAUCAUCAGCAAACUAUAGUAGUGUGUUCCGCAAGGAUCUCUCUCAAACCUUUGCGCCUUUGAUAGUGGAUCCUCGUACAUUAACAGCCGUCAUCAAGGCUUCUGUCAGGGUCCCAGAGGAUGCUUUUCCCACCAUAUCAGUUCCGGGAGGGAUCAUGAGUUUCAAAUAUUAUAUUGAGGUAGUUCUGGAUCUUGGCGGCAAACUUGCUGGCCAAGAAAGAUUUAUGCCGCCUUUAGGCAUGAUAGGCGUUCCUCUGGGCACAGGAGGCAGCAGCCCUGGACUGAGCAGAGCGGAAGAUACAACAGGGGGAGCCCUUGCAGCUUGGGCGGGCAGUAUAGUAGAUACUGACCAUAUCCGCCGUGAGAAGAGUGUCGUAUCCUGUCUUUUUGAAGUUGUAGUGGGGACAAAAGAUACGGAGCGACAUAAAAAGAAGAGAGAAGCAGCUCGACAACGGCAGUGGGAAGAGCAAACAUCAGCCAAUCAUCCUGGUGAUAACUCUGACGGCAGGCGUGAUGGCGAAGAAGGGUUUGAUUGGGAAAUGCCUGGACGGACGAGCUCCCAGGAUGGCGUUGUCGAAACUAUAGCUGACUCGCACAGCCACCAGCAAACACCUCCACCUCUUGACGUUCCUCAAUCUGAUCCAAAUGAGGUAUCUGUACCAACGCCAAUACCCGCAGAAUUUGAAGAUGGUUUAGAUGAGAAAGAGCGUAUGCGAAGAGCAGAGGCUAGGUUGCUUCCAAGCCAGCCGUCCGAUUUUGAUGAACGCGCAGGUGCGCCUCACCAAGACGUUGAGCCGUCCGCACCUGACAUGUUCCAUCAUCCGGAUAUUCGCCCCUUUGAACAGUACAAUUUCAGUGAAGACGAUUAUUUCGCUGGGCCCUCCAUGCCGCCAGUGAGCUUGGAUGAGAUGCACCCUCCCCACGAGGAGCCUUUCAGUGCUCCAGGCUACGAUGAAUACGCCCAAGCCACGACCCCGACUGCAACAGACGAUAAGCACGAAAUUGAGCGUCGGAGGUUACAGGCUGAGGCCAGCGCUCCUGACGAUUUCCCAGAUGACGAGAGUGGAAGUGGGAACGGCGCAGACGAUCGCGCUGCGAAUGAAGAGCGAUCAAGGCAGAUGGAGCCUAGUGCUCCAGUUUUGCCUGAAGAUUCCGAUUACAUGUUUGGUGCGAAUAGCGACAAUGGUCAUUCUCAUGGGCGUUAUGGAGAACCAGGGGACAAUCUUCCAAGGUAUGAGAGGUAGUUUGGCAUAGGCGUUGGUAUUAAUUGUAUGGGCGUUAAAUGGGGCGGCAUUCGGAUUUCCUGGGGAUAUGUCAUCAAGCAAGGGUAACAUGUCAAAGUCUUUUCUGAUACCACUGUCUCAAGUGUUACACAAUCAUCUUUAAUUAAAUCUAUCAUAUGCUAAGCCAAUACUAUGCUUGGGUCUUGCAUCACCAUUUAACAUCACUUCAGUUGUUGUUGCAUGUUUUAAUCGGCGCCUUUCCGGCGGGGCGGGAGAAAGAUAAGAUGAUAAAUAUUACGAACUCGUUUUAGGUUGCUGCGACAUGCCGUUGCUAAUGUGGGUCCCUCCCCCAUUUCGUCUCUCAGAGGGUCCUACCGGAACCGG